AGUUAAGGGGCAGAGAGCCUCCGCUCCCCACUGCUCUAUAAAAGAGACCCAGCAAAGGGACCCUACCAGCUUCUAGCUCUCAGUCUGCGCGAGGGUGUAGGAAGGAAAGCCCAGGACCUCCGGAGCAGAGCACAGCAGCUGCAGAGGCAAGGCCAGCAUGUCGCCCAACUUCAAACUUCAGUGUCACUUCAUUCUCAUCUUCCUGACGGCUUUAAGAGGGGAAAGCCGGUACCUAGAGCUGCGGGAAGCGGCGGAGUACGAUCCUUUCCUGCUCUUCAGCGCCAACCUGAAGCGGGAGCUGGCUGGGGAGCAGCCGUACCGCCGCGCUCUGCAGUGCCUGGACAUGCUGAGCCUCCAGGGCCAGUUCACCUUCACCGCCGACCGGCCGCAGCUGCACUGCGCCGCCUUCUUCAUCGGCGAGCCCGAGGAGUUCAUUACCAUCCACUACGACCAGGUCUCCAUCGACUGUCAGGGCGGCGACUUCCUGAAGGUAUUCGAUGGUUGGAUUCUCAAGGGGGAGAAGUUCCCCAGUUCCCAGGAUCAUCCUCUCCCCACAGCUGAGCGGUACAUAGAUUUCUGUGAGAGUGGCCUUAGCAGGAGGAGCAUCAGAUCUUCUCAGAAUGUGGCCAUGAUCUUCUUCCGAGUCCAUGAACCAGGAAAUGGAUUCACAUUAACCAUAAAGACAGACCCCAACCUCUUUCCCUGUAAUGUCAUUUCUCAGACUCCAAAUGGAAAGUUUACCCUGGUAGUUCCACACCAGCAUCGAAACUGCAGCUUCUCCAUAAUUUAUCCUGUAGUGAUCAAAAUAUCUGAUCUCACCCUGGGACACGUAAAUGGUCUUCAGUUAAAGAAAUCCUCAGCAGGUUGCGAGGGAAUAGGAGACUUUGUGGAGCUGCUGGGAGGAACUGGAUUGGACCCUUCCAAGAUGAUGCCUUUAGCUGAUCUCUGCUACUCCUUUCAUGGCCCGGCCCAGAUGAAAGUUGGCUGUGACAACACUGUGGUGCGCGUGGUCUCCAGUGGAAAACACGUAAAUCGUGUGACUUUUGAGUAUCGUCAGCUGGAACCGUACGAGCUGGAAAACCCAAAUGGAAACAGUAUCGGGGAAUUCUGUUUGUCUGGUCUUUGAAUAACCAACCCAAUGAUUUACAUGCUGA